UAUUUCUUCUCUAAUUAGUUGUUUGCCGGAAGCGUGCUAUAUCACUCUCUUACUCCAUCUGUGUUACAGUCUGCAGACAUGAGUAACUUGCGACUACAAAAGCGGCUUGCAGCUGCUGUUCUUAAAUGUGGCCGGAAUAAAGUGUGGCUUGAUCCUAAUGAAACUAGUGAAAUAGCCAAUGCCAACUCGAGGCAAAAUAUCAGGAAGUUAGUCAAAGAUGGUUUAAUUAUCCGCAAACCCGUGCGUGUCCAUUCCCGUGCCCGUGUCAGGAAGAACAAGAUUGCUCGAAGAAAGGGAAGGCAUAUGGGUCCUGGUAAAAGGAAGGGUACUGCCAAUGCUCGAAUGCCUCAAAAAAUUCUUUGGAUUCGACGUCAGCGUGUGUUACGGCGACUUCUAAAGAAAUACAGAGAAUCUAAGAAAAUAGACAAGCACUUAUACCAUGAUCUUUAUUUGAAGUGCAAAGGUAACAUCUUCAAGAAUAAGCGUGUAUUAAUGGAAUACAUUCACAAGAAGAAGGCUGAGAAACAGAGAACUAAAUUGCUCAGUGACCAAGCCGAAGCUCGCAGGACAAAGGUCAAAGAAGCACGUAAACGCCGUGAAGAGCGUAUUGCUCAGAAGAAGGCAGAUUUGAUUAAGGCUUAUCGUGAAGAAGAUGCCUUGAAGAAAUAAAUACAUACAAUGUAAAAAAUUAAAACUCUUUGUUUCCAAA